UCAGUUCUAUUCUCUUUCACACGUGCUGACAUUUCUUGUUUACGAUUUUUCCACCGAAGAAAUGAAUUUUUAAUAAAAAUUAAAAACUUACUAAUUUAACAAAAUCAUAAAAUAAACUAAAAUGUUUGUUUCCGAUGUGAAUGAUGUAAAAGUCUACAAUCUCAGCGCUGGCAAAUCUGUACCAGAAUGGCUGACGGAUCGGAGAAAACGUUCACAAUUAAUGAAAAAGGUGGACUCUCGGCGACAAAUCGAACUUAUUCAAGACUUCGAUAUGCCCGGUGUGUCCACCUCGAUUCGCAUGAGUCCAGAUAAUCAAUAUAUCCUGGCUACAGGAACCUAUAAGCCUCGCGUAAAAUGUUUUGAAGUCUCGAAUUUGUCAAUAAAAUUCGAGCGUUGCUUUGACUCAGAAGUGACAACUUUUGAGGUGCUUAGCGAUGAUUACAGUAAAAUGGUGUUUCUGCAAUGCGAUCGGUAUAUUGAAAUCCAUGCUGCCCAUGGCAGACACUACAGACUGCGUAUUCCGAGAUUUGGACGUGAUAUGAAAUAUCAUUCUCCUUCCUGUGAUCUAUUUAUUGUCGGAACAUCAAGUGAUAUUUUCAGGUUAAACCUGGAACGAGGACAAUUCCUACAACCAUUCGAGUCCGAAGCUAGCUGUUCCAAUGUCUGCGAAAUAAAUCCAGAACAUCAUCUCUUGAUGGUUGGCACAAAAGAGGGCACAGUCGAGGCCUGGGAUCCUAGGGAUCGUCGAAAAUGCGCAACUGUCGAUGUCGCUAUGAAGUUUCCUACUGCUAAAAAGUUCCCAUCGGUCACUGCAAUGAAAUUCAAAAACGGCCUCCAAAUGGCAGUUGGAACAGCCACUGGCCAUGUCCUCAUCUAUGACAUCCGUUCACGGGAGCCCCUAUUCGUAAAAGACCAUCUGAAUAAGCUUCCCAUCAAACGACUGGGCUUCAACCCGAGUCAACAGUCCGUCUACUCCUUGGAUUCGGCCAUGUUUAAAGUCUGGGAUGAGACCAGUGGCAAACAGACGGCAUAUGUGGAAUCCACAUCGAAUUUCAACGACUUCUGCACCAUUCCUGACUCGGGGAUGUUCUUCUUCGCCCAGGAGGAUGUUAAAAUGCUGACUUACUAUAUUCCUUCGAUGGGUCCAGCACCCAGAUGGUGUUCCUUUUUGGAUAAUCUCACAGAGGAGAUUGAAUCCGAGGUCGUGGAGAACAUGUACGAUGACUACCAAUUCAUCACACAGAAGGAGCUCGAGGAACUUGGCAUGGAAGAGCUCAUUGGCACUAAACUUCUCAAGGCCUAUAUGCAUGGUUACUUCAUCGAUGCCCGUUUGUACAACAAAUUCAAGGCCACCGUUGAACCGUUCGCCUUCGAUAAAUUCCGUAAGGAGAAAAUCCGUCAAGAGAUUGCCACAGAGCGACAGAGUCGUUUGCAGAUUAAGACACAUCUGCCCAAGGUCAACACGGAAUUGGCUCUCAAAAUUAUCGAGGAGGAAUCAAGUCAAGCUGCGGCGAAGGCCAAGAACAAGAAGCUGCCGAAUCUCUUGGAGGACGACCGUUUCAAGGCGAUGUUCGAGAAUACCGACUUUGCCAUCAACAAGAACACCGAAGAGUACAAGAUGCUGGCACCCGCCCUCAACCGCAUGGGCAAAAUCAAGACACAGGAGACUAAGAAGCGAAUUGAAGUUGCCCGAGUGGCUGAACUACAUGCCGAUGAGGCGAAACCCCACGAAGAGUCGGACGAUGAUGACGACCUCUUCAAUAUGGGCAAGAGUGAUGGGGAAAACGACGACGAAGACAAGGACAAGAGUGAAGAGAGUUCAGACGAUGAGGAUCCAAGGGAGUUCUCGCGGCAGAUGAAGAAGGCCUACAAAGAUGUCAAACGUCAGAGAGCUCAAGAAGAUGAAAACGACGACGAAGACGAUAACAAAGAAGACCAAGAGAUGGAGGAUCAAGAUGCGGCAGCUAAAGAAAAGCCUGCAUCACCAAAGAAAAAAUUGAUUCCUCACAAAAAUCCUACAACAAAGUUCAAACUUGACACCCUCAAGAAGAAAACCAAUCGCAUGAGCCUCCAGGAUCGUGUUCGCAAAGAACAAGCAGCCAAUGGCAAUGUAGAAUUGGUUGGAAGUGGUUCGGGCAAUCGACAAAUGCACUUCGAGACUAAGAAACCAUCGCGUGACGCCAAGAAGCGGGAAUUCGAAAUGAAGAAGCAUCGCGAGGAGCGCAAAAAGGUCAUUCGGCCAAUCAAGUCACUUAAAUUGAAAAAAGUUAAUUUUAAGUAAACCAAAAAAAAAACAACACACUACUAAAACACUAAAAACGAAACAAACUACAAAAAUAAAAUAAAUUAUAUAAAUAAAAGAAAAACAAAACUUUGUAGAUGUACCGUUAA